AGUAUCAUUUUCGUUAGUCAGAGAUUUCGGAUGAAAUGAAAAGUUUACGUUGACUUUUUCCAUAGUAUUAAAGGAAAGUGGGGAGUUUAUGUUAAGUGCAAUUUUGUGUAGAUAUAAAAGAGCGAUUGUGAAUUUAGAAACUCAUAUUGAUAAGUCGCAACAAAAACAGCAACAAGAUAUCAUUUUCGUUCAAGAUUAAUACUUUUGGUUAGGUUAUAGAUGCGACGUUAACGUAGCUGUGACGAAUUUGUUAGAAAAGUUGAUUUUAUUGUACAUAGCUACAAAAUUAUCUUACAAUUUUCUUCCUAGAAACAUAUGGACGGAGAAAGAAAGUUCAGUCUGUGGGUGGGUGGGCCGUCGAACUCUUGACAUAUAACAUCGCAGCAAUACCAACCAAACAUGGUUCGCCACGUAUAGAAGCUUGCCGUCCAAAACCUCUGUAUGGGUUGCUUGAUUUCUCCUGUAAUGAAACUCCGUCGUCUAUCCUCAGCUGAUUCAAGGCGUUUUGCAUACACGAAUCUGACUGACGAGGAUAUGGAGGAUUCGGUCAUAAAGGUGGUGGUAGGGAAGGAGAGGAAGCAGUUCAUGGUCGAACCGUCCAUUCUCGAAGAGACACCGUUUAGAAUCUUGAUUAAUUCGGUUAAGGAUCGUACCAAGAACCAGUUAAACCGGAUUGGGAGAGUUGUAUGGCUUGAUCAUGUCGACUCCAUCUUGUUCGAGCACUUGUUGUGGCUUCUUCGUAACGAUACAUCUGCAUUUUCGGAUAUAGAUGUCGUCGAGAUCAUUGAGUUCUAUGCUCAAGAUUGCUAGAUAAAGAAAUUGAUCAAUACGUGAAAUAAUAGAGUGUUGUUUCUUCGCAUCAACAAGUGUAUUUUGUGAUAGGUAAGAUCUAGUACUGAUACGGUUGAGGACUUCGUUCCAGGUCGUGGUUCUAUUUAUUGGUCUUUCUAGAGUA